AUGGCCAAUCAUAACUUCCCAUUAUUUAUCUUACGGUUUUUCCCACUCUUUGUGAUCAGUAGUUUGUCACUGAUGAACAGCCAGACAAUUCUUGUUGAAGCCCGGCAACUCCUGGAGGUAACAUUGCCUGAGCUUCCCAAGCCUGAAUUGCCUAAGUUGCCACCACUGCCUGAAUUCCCAAAACCUGAACUGCCAGAACUGCCAGAAUUUGAAAUACCAAAACUGCCUGAAUUGCCACCUUUUCUUCAUUUUCCUGAGCUGCCUAAGCCCGCAUUGCCAACUAUCCCCAGGGGCAUCAACCCAUCUCACUCAACUACUAAAGGUGUAAGAGAACUGCAAGAGAGUGAGAGGUAUGGCACCCCUUCCCAAAACCAACGAGGCACAUGCCGUGUGCAUCCCAUAGCCUCUGCUCAAGACGCUUGCUCAAGUCCAGAUCCUCCAUACUCACUUAAUGGCCUUCCAGUUCUCCCACUGAUCGAUGCUGAUGUUACCCAGGACACUAUGGCUUAUCGUCACUUCCCAUCAUCCAUUUUACCACUUAUGGUGAUUAGUAUGUCAUUGAUGAACAGCCAGACAAUUCUGGUAGAGGCACGCCAACUCCUGGAGGCACCAUUGCCUGAGCUUCCAAAGCCUGAACUUCCCAAACCUGAAUUGCCUGAGCUUCCUAAGCCUGAAUUCCCUGAAUUGCCACCAAAACCUGAAUUGCCAAAGUUUGAAGUGCCUCAACUGCCUGAAUUGCCUACUUUUCCCCAUUUGCCUGAGCUGCCUAAGCCCACAUUGCCAACUAUUCCUAAGGACAUCAACCCAUCUCACUCAACAGCUAGUCCUUGA